AUGUGGUAUUCCACCAUUCCCCUUGCGUUCGACCUUUUACCGGUUCUCUUGUGGUGGUUCCAGUUCACUUUCUGCCUGACAGCCGCGUCCAUUGUUGCCGGAGCGAUCUGUGAGCGGGUUCGCGUGUUCGCCUACAUCGGGUUCGUUGCACUCAUGAUGGGUUUUGUCUACCCAGUGAUCUCUCAUGCCAUCUGGAACGCCAACGGAUGGCUGAAUCUGUUCUACAACAAAGUCACAAAUCCAACGACCGGUCAUAUCAUCGGCAGCUUUGGCUUCUACGGUACCGCGGGCUCCAUUGACUUUGCUGGCAGCGGCGUGGUGCAUAUCACUGGCGGUGCUGGAGCACUCGUCAGUGCAGUGAUCAUCGGACCUCGAAUUGGGCGUUUCGAUGAAAACGGGAAGGUCCGUCCCAUUCCCGGUCAUAACAUCUCGUUGAUUGUGCUCGGUGGUCUCCUGCUGUGGUUCGGAUGGUUCGGUUUCAAUCCGGGUUCGCAGCUGGGUGUGUUAUCAUACGCGGAUGGUGGUAAGGUUGGUAGCGCAGUGCGCGGUGGCUUCAAUAAGAACGGUGUACCGACAGUGUACUCGAAUGCAGGUCAGGUAGCGCUCGCUGCUGUGAACACACUCGUUUUAUCUGCAUCUGCUGGGAUCACGACGCUGAUUAUCGCGCGAUUCGUGGACAAGUACUUUGACUGCGCCUCCAUGGUGAAUGGCUCUAUCAGCGACACAGUGGCGGUUACAUCUCCCUGUUCGACCAUUCCGACGUACUCGGCGCUGUGUUGCGGGGUUAUUGCGGGAUGGAUUUGGGUUUUCGGCGAUAAGCUCAUCCAGCGGCUGCGUAUCGAUGACCCGCUCGGCGCCGUUACCGUCCACGCGUUCGGAGGCACACGGUGCGUCCUCAUUCCCGGCUUUUUCGCAAAGCCUGAUACCGUCGCCAUGGUUUAUGGCUCGUACGAUGGUUCAGGGGGGUGUAUUCUAUGGCUAUGGAAAGCAGCUCGCUGCUCAGCUGACGGAGAUUCUCUACGUUUGGCCGUUUGUGGGAAUGAAUAUCGGCGGCUACUUCUUGAUCCUCAGGUUUCUCGGCCUGCUACGCGUCCCGCCGGAGGUGGGAAUUCUUGGGAAUGA